CGCAAAGAAAAGAUCCAAAAAGUAGCGUAAGCGCCAAACUCAUUCCACAAUUUCUCUCUCCUGCCUCUCCCAAUCAAACGGUUGACACAACACUUCAUCCACCACACUCAAUCAUAGCCGUAAAAUCUGAGCUUGUGAAGGGUUGUAUGCUUAAUUUUGUCCCCUUACUAUGAGGAUUGAGGGCGUUGCUUUGUUGUUGAAUUCUAAGUUGCAGUUUGUUUAAUUUUUUUCUUCCCUUUCUCUCUGUAAAAAUCUCCAUCAUAUUUUUAGAGAAUCCAAUCACACCUUUUCUUUUUUUUCCUCCAAUUAUACUCGAUGAGCUCUCUCUUAUAAUGGUAAUGCCAAUCAUUCACCUUAUAAAGAAACCCAUUAUUAUUUCCUUUUAAUUCUUUAUUAUUAUUAUUAUUAUUAUUAUUAUUAUUGUUAUUGUUAUUAUGUUAAUUAUUCGAUGUACAAUCUUACAUUAUAUAUGUUCAUUUCAUAAAAAAGAUUUGCACCGGCCACCUCGAAAGUUCAUUGGUAUAGUAAUCUCAUCAUCUGCAGGUAAGUCAGUAGUAUAGUAGUAGUAAUAAAUCAUCAAUGUCAAUCGUGCCGCCAUGGCUAGAGCCAAUGUUAGGCACUACAUUCUUUCACAUUUGCCGAACCCACGGCGAUGCAGCGAGGAGCGAAUGUAAUAUGUUUUGUUUAGAUUGUCAUUCUGAUGCUUUCUGCUACUAUUGUCGAUCAUCCCGGCAUAAAGACCAUCAAGUCAUUCAGAUAAGGAGAUCGUCGUAUCACGACGUAGUGAGAGUAGGAGAUGUACAGAAGAUGAUGGACAUAAGUGGAGUGCAGACAUACGUGAUUAACAGUGCCAGAGUUAUGUUUCUUAAUCAAAGGCCUCAGCCUAAAGCCGGUAAAGGGAUUGCUCAGUUGUGUGAGAUUUGCCGGAGAAGUCUUUUAGACCCUUUUUGCUUUUGCUCUUUGGGAUGUAAGCUUAUAGGAGUGAGAAGAAAUGGGAAUGCAAGCUUUGCCAUAGAAGGGAAAAAGGGUGAAGUAAUGAAUAGUUCAAGAGAAGCUUUGCGUGAAGGCUCACAACACGACAUUUACCCGCCCACGCCGCCUCCACCUCCACCUCCUUCUAAUUCAAGAAGACGAAAAGGGAUUCCUCACCGUGCACCUUUUAACUCCUGAUCAUUGAUUAAUUAAUUAAUUCAUUUAACUUUGUUAAUUAAUCAAUGAAGUACCUACAACUAAUAUUAUGCUUUUAUUUCUUAACAUUUCAUUUUCUUUUUGUGUUUAUAUAAAUGUGAAAAUUAUAUAUUCCUACAUACCAUGUUCCCUGAGGUGGGGAAUUCUAUCUACCUUAUAACUUGUACAUUACUCCAAUAAAAUUGUUCAAUUACUUGUGUA